CAGUAUCUUUCUCCCAAAACUGAUCACAGGUAUUGCUAUGGGCUUCCCGAGCUUGCGCAAUAGCGUCCGAUGUCAUCGUAAUCGUGACUACCUGGCUGAAGACUUGUCACGGAGUCGGAGGUUCCACCUCCAUGAACAUCCACGGGUGGUGGCCAACUGGAACGAGGGGCGUUAGCAUAAUCGUCCUGCUCAUGAGAGAUGGUAUUCUAUGCUUCUUGGUCCUCCUCGUUCUGAACCUAGUUCAGAUGGUGGUACAUCUUGAGCAUGCAUACGGCACCCAUUUCGUCUUUACUGCCAUGGCAAAUAUUCUCGUCUCCCGCCUGUUGAUCAACCUCAACAAAGUGGCGCACCAAAACAUAGCGCUGGGAACCAAGUCAUUUACUCUGGGACCUGAUACGCCUGCAACAGAUGAUUCGAACCCCAGCUUAAUGUUUGCUACGUUCCAGACAGAGGAUGGGUUCGUAGAACAUAGUGUACAGUGGAUGGAAGCGGCGAGGUGUGCCAACAUCACCUAGCAACUGCACGGACCUCGGUAUGAUCAGGACUUUGAACUAUUUUCAGCGUACGCAUUUACUUACGCCAUCCGAACUCAUCCACUACGUACGGACUGUAGCGCUGAG